AUGACAGUAAUCAUUGGAUCUUUGUUUUUACCCUAUACUGUACAAUUUGAAGUUGGGCCCCAGGAUUCCAUCCCUGUGGACGAAGCAGUUCCACCACAAUCACAUCUUCGUAAGAGGUCCAGUGGUACGGGGGUCAGACCUAUGCCCAUCAGACAAAGCUCAAUCUUGCCAUCAUUGAGCAUUGCUAAUUCUCAUCAACAAUCACCUACAUCCACCCCCAAACCCCAUGAAUUCAGAAGACGGUCGUCGGCCCAUGAAGGGGGCCAAUCAGUGGAAGAUUUCUUCCUCAAGAGAAUUGACGAAGAGAAUAAUAAAGAAGUGGGAGAGAUCUUUGCUGAGAACCUUAAGGAGAAGCUUCUACCACAAUAUAUCCAACCCAAGUCCAAAAUCAACGUCAAGGAUGGUUCUGUGGUCGACUUAAAGAAAGUUAAUGAUGAUCUCGGGUUACCGGCAUUAAAAAUCUCCCGAUCGGACGUAAAUUUAUCGUCAUUUGCUCCAACUCCGGUGAAUUCAAGAGCUUUGGCUUCAUUAAAUCGAUCCGGUGGGUUGAUGUCUUUGAGUAACAACAGUUCCCAAUCGUUAAUAGACCCUAUAACUGAAGAAGAACCCAUGGAUGCUUAUGAUAGUGAUACUAAUGACUGGGAUAAUGACUUUAAUGAUAUGAUAAAUCCUCGUACGGUGAAAUUGGCCCCAUUUGGAGGGUUCUCCAACCCUAAACUUGAAAGUGGAAUCCUUUCUCAGUCCAAUAUCUUUGAAACCAGUCCAUGGAAGGUAUUAUUUGCAGCCACAGGUAAUGGAUCAUUGAUUAAAGCCGUCAAGACAGCGGCUGAAAAUGAUAUGAUUAGGAAGAGGAAAUGGGUGGGAACUUUAGCUAUGCCUACUGAUGAGGUUCCACAAAGAGUUAUCAACGAUAUCUCCAAAACUUUAAGUGAGGAUUAUUAUAGUGAACCAGUAUUUCCUAGUGAUUCGGUGUUUGCCGGACAUUACAAAUCAUUCUGUAAGCAAUUAUUAUGGCCAACGUUACAUUAUGAAAUCCCCGAUAAUCCUAAAUCCAAAGCUUUUGAAGACCAUUCCUGGGGCCAUUAUAAGGCAUUGAACCAAUUGAUGGCCGAUAAGUUGGUGGAAGUUUACCUUAAAGAGAAUAAAGACUGUGAUGCUGAUGAUGAUGAAAAUAUCAUUUGGAUCCAUGAUUAUCAUUUAUUGUUAGUGCCACAAAUGGUUAGAGAGAAAUUACCUCACGCGAAGAUCGGGUUAUUCCUCCAUGUAUCAUUCCCAUCAUCAGAAGUGUUCCGUUGUUUGGCUCAACGUGAAGCUCUUCUUAAAGGAAUGCUUGGAGCUAACGUCAUAUCUUUUCAAACCGAUGAGUAUGUUAGACAUUUCUUACAAACGUGUUCUCGGUUAUUAUUGACCGAUACCAAUGAAUACGGUUUGACCUAUGAUGGAAGGUUUACUAUGGUCAACAGUAUCCCUGUAGGGAUUGAUGCCAAUGCUUUGGGAGGAGUGGUGGAUUCAGAUAACGUCAAUGACUGGAGACAAAGAAUCAGACAUCGUUGGAAUAAUCAAAAAUUGAUCAUGUCACGUGACAAGCUUGAUAAAUUAAGAGGUAUUAAAGAGAAACUUUUAGCCUAUGAAUUAUUCCUUAAGACCAACCCUGAGUUUGUGGAUAACACCGUAUUGAUUCAGAUUUGUACUGGAGGUAUUAAUAACGAUGAUUAUUUCUCCCAAAUCAUGAGCAUCGUUACCCGGAUCAAUUCCUUAGCAGAGAAUAUAUCCAACUCCUUACCGGUAGUUUUACUUCAACAAGACAUUGGCUUUGACCAGUAUUUGGCCUUACAAGCAGAAGCUGAGGUGUUUGUGGUAUCUUCCAUGAGAGAAGGUUUAAAUUUGACUUGUCAUGAAUUCAUCAUUGCUACCACCGAGAGGAAAUCACCAUUGAUUUUGAGUGAAUUCACCGGUUCAUCACAAAUGCUCGACAUCAACGGUAAAGGAGCGUUAUUGAUAAACCCCUGGGAUAUGAAACAUUUCUCCGAAGUGUUCAAACACCUGUUAACUAUGGAACCCGAUGAGAAAUUACUUCGUUGGAGAAACUGUCACGAUGUGGUGGUAAAUCAAGAUUAUAAGUUCUGGAUUAAGAAUUGUUUAUCCACCAUCAACGAAGCCUGGGCCAUCAAUCAUACCAGAAAUACUCAGAACGUGACGAAGUUCGAUAGUUCAAUCUUUAAACAGUUCUAUAACAAUUGUAAUAAUGGGAAGAAACUUUUCGUGUUCAAUUUGGAAACAGCUUCAGCUUUGACCCAUUUCGGAGACGGGAAAAUUAAUGUUUCCGCCACUUCCGCGACUACAUCUUCGGUGAAAAACUCCGAUAUGAUUCCUCCUAGUCGAUUACAUAAUCUUUUGAAUGAUGUUUUAUUGAAUGACGAUAAGAAUUUUGUGUUUAUAUCAUCAUAUUUGAAGAGAUCUACUUUGGAUACCAUGUUUAAACGAUUCCCGAAAUUUGGCCUUGUGGCUGAAAAUGGGGGAUAUAUUAAAUUUCCUGGUACCAAGACUUGGUUAUCCUUGGUUGAUGAUAAUGAAUCCACCACUUGGAUUUCUCAAGUUAAACCUUUAGUGGAAGCUAAAGUUGAGAGGUUACCCGGAUCGAAGAUGGAGAUUGAAGAUUGUACGAUAAUAUUCAACCCCGGGAUUUCAUUCACCGAAGAUAAACAACGUAGUAUUGAUUUAAUGGGAGAUUUGAUUCAACAUGUCAAUGAGUUAUUCAGUACUAAUGAAGGAGUUCAUGCAUCAUUGAUUUGGAAUACGGUGAUUAUUCAACAGAACCAAUUGAGUAUUAGAGCUUUGAACUUCUUGGUUAAUCAUUAUAACCAUCAAUCAAGUGAUUUUACACCUAAGGAAGUUAAUGAUUCAGUGGCCAGCACUCCAGUAAAAGAGAAGAAGUUCUUUGAUAAGUCGCACCUUACGGGAGUGUUUUUGAGUGGAGGAGCAACGUUGAUUGAUGAACCGUGUUAUGAGUUGGCUAAGGAGUUGUUUGAUGAUAAGGUGGUGGCUAAUGUGUUGACGGUGGCAGCUAUAAGUAAUGAGACGAAGGCUACGUCGGCAAGGUAUGGAGUGGCAGGUAGAAAUGAGUUGUUGAGUUUGAUUUCGACGAGCUCAUCGACCAAAGGGAGAUGA